AUGGACGCUAUGAACAAUACCAGCAUUUAUAGCUCUUCCUCUUUGAUGAAUAAUCCUCCUUCUAAGCCUACUGUUACUACCAGUGGAGCUUAUUGGUAUCAACCCAAACCUCCUGCAAUGUGGUAUGAAACUUGCAUUUUCGCAUCACAAAAUGAGGCUUUUACAAAGUACUGCAUGCUAACUUUUUUUAGUGUCAUUACUUAA